AAACCAUACCUAUACUUUAUCUACUCAUCUCCAUCACUCAUCUCCACUGGUCAUCUCCACUCGUCUCCACAGCUCCAGUCCGCCGUGGUGGAGAUGAAGGCGACGCUGGCGGAGGCUGUGACGAAGCUGGGCGUGGCGGUGGAGGAGGAGAAGAGGAAAGGAGGAGGAGGAGGAGGAGGAGAGUGCCAGGUGGAGGAGGAGGUGGAGGAGAUGAGAAGGAGAUGCCAGGAGAACACGGCCGAGACUCUCCGUUUGGUCAUCUCCCUCAAAGCUGACCUGACCUCCCUGCAGAAGGAGGUGGCGGGUGUCAGUGAGAGGCAGGAUACACUACAAGCCGCUCUCUCCCACAUUUUGGAGGAAAGGAAGAUGAUUAUUAGCGACCUUUCCCAAGCAGGUGUUAUCUCUCUCCACACCAGGUCGAAAUUGGAAAGCCGGAGUGACCUCUUGGGGGGCGGGGGUGUGGGGCUGGUGGGGGGGCUGGGGGGCGGGGGGCGGGGGGGCUCAGGUAACCAUAGCAACGACUCAGGGGUGGCAAUGCUUCUGGAGAGGGCGCACCUGGCCUUCGGAGGGGGGGGCGGCGAUCCCUCCCCCCCCUCCCCCACCCCCACCACCCACAGGACGUCUGACCAGGACUCCCUUCCAGACCAACCGUCCCUUCUCGUUCCCCCUUCCGUCUACGACUAUGUGGCAGGGUUGAGGGUCCUGCCCCCCGCCCCCCCUCCGCCACCCCUUCACUCCUCCUCCUCCUCCUCCUCCACCCCCCUUCCACCCCUUCACCACCACCACCACCACCUCCUCCAAAAAACAGAAAUAGGAGGAGGAAGCAGGGAAGAGGAGGAAGAAGAGGAGGAACACGAACCGGAUGAUAAAGAAGAAGAAGAAGAAGAGGACCGGAAAAGAAGAGAAAACAAGCAAAACAACAACAUCAUCAUCACCACCACUAACAAUAACAACAACAACAAUCGGGAAAGAGAACAAGGAAUAGGAGAGAAAAGAUCGGAGGAGAAGCGAAGAACAGGAAGAGGAGGAGGAGGAAAGGGAAUCACCAACUCUAGAACACAGAAUCGGGGCCUAAUCUCAGAAGACUCGAUCUCCUUAUGCGACUCUGAAUCCUCUCUCACGAUCGCUGCCAAUCAGUCGCUGAACUUAAGCCAAACACUGAGCCAUCAACUUAACAACCAUCACCAACAACAACAACAACAGCAGCCGUGCCACACCUUAUCGAACGCUCCAUUUUCCACCUCUCUCUCUCCCUUUCCUCCAAAUACUGCAGCACCUCAUCUUCCUCCCUCCUCCUCUUUCUCUUCCUCUCCUCCCACCACCACCACCAGCUCUAAUACACACACAUGUACACUUCUCUCCGCGCACACGAACACAUGUACACACGGGCCUUGCGAGUGUGUGUACGUCAGUGGGACCCAUCAACAUCAUCAGCAAGUUGGCCGCUUGAGAUGUGAAAACACCCAAGACCCACCUUCCACACCACCACCACAACCACCACCCACCACCUCCACCUCACAGGAAUCCAGGCGGUACAGAUUGGCCCAGGAGAUCCUACAUACGGAAAAGGACUAUUGCCAGAUCCUAUGGACACUGCAGGAUACCUUUGCCGAGCCGUUGAGGAGAGAAGGAAUCCUGAGCCCCAAGGAUAUCAGCACGCUAUUCCCGGAGGAGGUCCAGCAUCUCUAUGACAAACACAGCAUCCUACAUCAUCAGCUGAGGGAGAGAUUGGCGUCCUGGAAAUGGCAGCCUCUGUUGGGGGAUAUCCUUGUGAAGUUUGUUGAUGGCCAGCAGAGUAAUGUCCUUCGCCUGUACACAUCCUACGUCAAUGAGUUCCCUGAGGUGCUGAAGACGUUUAGGAAGCUGUGUUGUACGUCCCAGCCCUUCACAAGGUUUAUUAAGAACCGUUUACAGGACCCAUCACACGGAGGAGGAGGAGGAGGAGGAGGAGGAGGAAGAAGAGAAGGAAGAAAAAAACCAAAAGGCGAAGGAUAUGAACCUGAAGGACUCGAUCUUGGUAUCCUUCUAUUGGCGCCUAUACAAAGGGUCCCCAGAUACAUUCUCCUACUACAGCGCCUUCUCAGACACACACCUGAAGCACACCUGGACCACGCUCACCUGCACACCUGUCUGAGUCGUCUACGUGGGUUCCUAACGAGGCUUAACGACGCUAUGGAACACUCCUUUCACCUGGUCUAUUUAAACUCACACCUGGAUAUUGAAAGGGAAAGUGGAUUAGAAGGUGGAGUUUCUGUUUCUUCUUCCACUUUGUCGCUUCCUCCUCCUCCACCUCUUCCUCUUCCUCCUUCCUCUUCUUCUUCUGGUGUUUUGUGUUCUUCCUCCUCUUCUUCCUCUCCUCCUCCUCCUCCUUCUUCCAUUCUCUCCGUUUCCUCGCCUCUCUCAAUCCCUGGUUCCUCUCUGACUGUUCUGCCUCCUCCUCCUCCUCCUCCUUCUUCUCCUCCUCCUCCUUCUUCUUCUCUUCCUUCCUCCUCUCUUCCCUCUCAGCCUCAUGUAACAUCCCCUCCUCCUCCUCCUCUUCCUUCUUCCUCGUCUCUUCUUCACUCCUCCUCCUCCUCCUCCUCCUCCUCCUCUUCCUCCUUUGCCUCCUCCACUCAUCUCCACCACUCAUGUCACUCUCUCCACUUCCCCGGUGGAGAUGAGCUCUCACCUCCACGGCAGGCUGGUCAUCUCCACCACCACCACAACCACCAUCACCACCAUCAACAACAACAACAACAACAACAACAACAACAAAAGAGAAUUGGCCGGGCCCCACGCCGCUCCACAUCCUCCAUCACCUCUUCCACCAGCCCUCCACUGAGCCCCCACCCACCCCACAGCCCCUCCAGGCCCCCCCAGAGGUCCUACAGCUCCGUGGGGGGGGAGGGGCGGGGGGGCAAGCACCGGUCACCCCCCCUCGAUAACCGUUCCUCCUCGCUCCCCCCAAUUUUCAGCUCCCCAGGCAAAUAUAAAAAGUCCGUCAUCUCCCCUCCCUCCCCAUCCUCCCCGGCCCCCCCUGAAAUCCCCAGCCCCCUCAGGACCCCCGUAGGACCCCAACAGGUCAGGGUGAGGUCACGGAGCGAGAGUGUGACCUCCCGGCGUCCUAUAAGUGGGUCAAUUUUAACACCGUCACUUUCCGUUUUAAGUAUGUCGUCAAAUUUCCAGAUUAGUCAAGCCUUUCUCUCUGACUCCCUUCCCUGCUCUGCCCCCCCUUCCCAGCGCCCCCCAGCCCCCCCUAAGGGUAGUGUAGGGGGUGAAGGGGAGAUGUGCCCCCCUCACAACCCCCCCAUGUGGCCAGGACCCCCCCCAGGAAGACAGGAAGAGGAAGAAGGGAACAGAAGCGGGAAGAAGAAAUCAACUUCCUUCAAAACUUCCCUCAAGAAUAUAUUUAUGUUUAAGAAGAGCAGCAGCAGCAGCAGUAUUAACAGAAGAAGAGGAGGAGGAGGAAGAGGAGGAGGAGGAGGAGAAGACCAAGAGGAGGAAGAGGAGGUGAAAGAAGGAAGAUACUGGGACCCACCUUCAACCUCCACUUCUACUAAUUCCACCACCACCUCCACCACCUCCAUCACCACCCCCCUCCACCACCACCACCACCACCACCGCAACCAACACCACCAAUUGAGUGCUUCGUGUCUGUCUGUCGUGGGUGAUUUUAUGGAUGAAGAAGGCAACCCGUGCUCUAAUGUGUGAUAAAUGUCGGAAAAUGUUUGGUAAAUGUCAGAAAAUGUUUGGUGAAAUGUCGGAAAAUGUUUGGUUAAAUGUCGGAAAAUGUUUGGUUAAAUGUCGGAAAAUGUUUGGUUAAAUGUCGGAAAAUGUUUGGUUAAAUGUCGGAAAAUGUUUGGUUAAAUGUCGGAAAAUGUUUGGUUAAAUGUCGGAAAAUGUUUGGUUAAAUGUCGGAAAAUGUUUGGUGAAAUGUUGGAAAAUGUUUUGAUAAACGUCGGAAAAUGUUUAAGUGUUGGAAAAUCUUUGGUAAAUGUCGGAAACUGUUUAGUAAAUGUCGGAAAACUUUGGUAAAUGUCGGGAAAAUCUUUGGUGAAUGUCAAAAAUGUUUAAUAAAUGCUGACAGUGUUUGGUAAAUGUCGGCAAAUAUUUGAUAAAUGUCGGAAAACUUUGGUAAAUGUCAAAAAUGUUUAAUAAAUGCCGACAGUGUUUGGUAAAUGUCGACGAUGUUUGAUAAAUGUCGGAAAAUGUUUGGUGGCAAUGUCGGAAAAUGCUUGAUGAUAAUAAUGUUGAAAUAAAUAAAAUAAAUAAAUAAGUAAGUGAAAGAUGGAGAUAACAUAAAAUAAUUGAUAAAAGAAAGAAAAAAAAAGAAGAAAUGAAAAUGCUGUAAAAUAAGAAGAAAAAAAUGGAGUGAAAACAAGAAAAAAAAUGAUGGAAAAUAAAAUAAAAUGAUGAUGAUUGAAAUAAGAAAAAAAAAGAAAAUAAAAUGAAAGACUGAAAAAAGAGGAAAAAAUAAGUAAAAAAAAGGAAAGAUGUAUGAUAAUAAUAAUAAUAAUAAUAAUAAUAAUAAUAAUAAUAAUAAUAAUAAUAAUAAUAAUAAUAAAAUGUAAAUAUGUAGAAACACAGGCAUUUAUGUAGAGGCAUUUCGCACACACACACACACACACACACACACACACACACACACACGCAGGCUUUAUAAGUACGUAUCCUUUAUGCAAGAGUUAACCAGCAUCUUCACUCUUUCAUCUCUAUACUGUCCAAAUCCCUUAUGCAAGAGUUAACCAGCAUCUUCACUCUUUCAUCCCUAUACUGUCCAAAUCCUUUAUGCAAGAGUUAACCAGCAUCUUCACUCUUUCAUCCCUAUACUGUCCAAAUCCCUUAUGCAAGAGUUAACCAGCAUCUUCACUCUUUCAUCCCUAUACUGUCCAAACCCCUUAUGCAAGAGUUAAGCAGCAUCUUCACUCUUUCAUCCCUAUACUGUCCAAAUCCCUUAUGCAAGAGUUAACCAGCAUCUUCACUCUUUCAUCCCUAUACUGUCCAAAUCCUUUAUGCAAGAGUUAACCAGCAUCUUCACUCUUUCAUCCCAUAUACUGUCCAAACCCCUUAUGCAAGAGUUAAGCAGCAUCUUCACUCUUUCAUCUCUAUACUGUCCAAACCCCUUAUGCAAGAGUUAACCAGCAUCUUCACUCUUUCAUCCUUAUACUGUCCAAAUCCUUUAUGCAAGAGUUAACCAGCAUCUUCACUCUUUCAUCCCUAUACUGUCCAAAUCCCUUAUGCAAGAGUUAACCAGCAUCUUCACUCUUUCAUCCCUAUACUGUCCAAAUCCCUUAUGCAAGAGUUAACCAGCAUCUUCACUCUCUCAUCCCUAUACUGUCCAAAUCCCUUAUGCAAGAGUUAACCAGCAUAUUCACUCUUUCAUCCCUAUACUGUCCAAACCCCUUAUGCAAGAGUUAACCAGCAUCUUCACUCUUUCAUCCCUAUACUGUCCAAAUCCCUUAUGCAAGAGUUAGCCAGAAUCUUCACUCUUUCAUCCCUAUACUGUCCAAAUCCUUUAUGCAAGAGUUAACCAGCAUCUUCACUACGUAUAGUGCUUGAAGAAAGAAAACGGGACACAGUUGCAAGUAGAUUUUAAGGAGUGACUCAUCUUUUUCACCCUCAUGAUGUAUUAAAAGAAAAUGGGAUGUUAUUUUUAUUUUCUUAUGUAGUGCAAAUGUAUACUGUAGUUUUUUUUUAUUGCGAAGAGAGAGAAAUGUUCCUUUUAUCCCUCUGUUGUGCAUAAAACUACCCCUGGAAAUGGCCACAACUCUUACGAAAGCCUUGUCAAACAUGUGUUUCUUAGGUUCAUUGCGCAGAGGAAGGGUAAAACUACCACCAGGGCCAUAGAACUACCCCUGGAAAUGCCCACAACUCCUACGAAAGCCUUGUCAAAUGUGUUUCCUAAGUUCAUGAUACAGAGGAAGGGUCAAACUACCAGGGUCAUAAGACUACCCCUGGAAAUGGCCACAACUCCUACGAAAGCCUUGUCAAAUAUGUGUUUCGAGGUUCAUGGUACAGAAGGGUCAAACUACCACCAGGGUCAUAGAACUACCCCUGGAAAUGCCCACAACUCCUUCGAAAGCCUUGUCAGAUAUGUGAUUUUGGGCACCCAGAAAUGUUUAAAAAUGUGAUCCUGAUACUAUGUUUAAUGAUAUAGGCGAUAGUUGUUGAUUCCGUCCAUAGGUACAAUAAAUCCUUUAAGUGAAUAUGAUAGAUGUUUAAACUGCUCUUGAUACGCAAUUAAAGGAAUACUAAGAAAAUGAAAACUAGUAAAAUAUGGAAUAGCUUGUACAUAUCAACUAUUUUUUAUCAUUACUAUUAUUUACUAUUACUGUUAGUAUUAUCGAACAAAAGUAUGUAAUAGUAGUAGUAGUAGUAUAUAUUAAAACCACUAUUCAUACUUAAAAUUAAAUAAGAAAUAAAUGAAAAAAAUGGGUAGUUUGUACAUAUCAAAUUAUUAUUAUUAUUAUUUUCAUUUUGAAGGAAUUAUUGAAGUAUUUUUGAAUGGUGAAAGUGUGUGUAUAGAUAGAUUGAUAGAUAGAUAGAUAGAUAGAUAGAUAGAUAGACAGAUAGAUAGAUAGAUAUAUAGAUAGAUAGAUAGAUAGAUAGACAGAUAGAUAGAUAGAUAGAUAGAUAGAUAGAUAGAUAGAUGCUAAUUAAAUGACCAUAGUAAUAGAUUUUGUACUGAGAGAGAGAGAGAGAGAGAGAGAGAGAGAGAGAGAGAGAGAGAGAGAGAGAGAGAGAGAGAGAGAGAGAGAGAGAGAGAGAAUAGUAUUAAUAAUGGGUUUUCUAUAUGUCAUUAGAACUUUUUGUUAAUACCUUUUAGUCACUGUCAUUUUUUGUGUUUGUGAGUGAAAUAUACGUGAUUAAAACCUG